UGACUCAGGGCAGGUGGCUAAGUCCAGGAACUGCAGAGUUUGGAGUGGAAGGCAGAGUUCCCAGUGGGAGGGAAGGUGAGCUGAGGCCAGAAGCCAGGGCAGGCUUCACUGAACUCAGAACACAGGUCAGCACGUGGACUCAUGGUGCCUCGUGCAUCCAUUUGUCUGUAGGGAAUGAGACCUGGCUGUGUUGAGAGCCUGUGGGUGCUCAAAGCUAAUGAGAAGGAAGGCUGUGGACUCCAGAGGUGACACUGAGUUGAUAUUCAUCAGAUCCCAACAACAACAACCUUCAGCUCCAUGAUGGAUGUGUGUUUGGCCAUGAGAGAUGGACAGGAGGGACAUGGCUAGUGCCAAGUGGGCACACGUCCCUGUCCAUGGGAGAUAUAAAGGGCACCCUGUGAGGAGCCAGAGGACACUCUGCCCAGGUGACCUGCCUUGUGUGAGAGCCCAGUGCCUGGAGAUGAAGAGCCUGCUCCUCACCAUCCUGCUGCUGGGGCUGGUGGCUGUCCUGAAGGCUCAGGAAGCCCCGCCAGAUGACCUGGUGGAUUACUCUGGGAUCUGGUACGCAAAGGCCAUGGUACACAAUGGUACCCUACCCAGUCACAAGAUACCCAGUAUAGUUUUCCCUGUGAGAAUAAUAGCUCUGGAAGAAGGAGACUUGGAGACCACAGUUGUAUUCUGGAACAAUGGUCAUUGCCGUGAGUUUAAAUUCGUGAUGAAGAAAACAGAAGAGCCUGGCAAAUACACCGCUUUUCAUAACACGAAGGUUAUUCAUGUGGAAAAGACGUCGGUGAAUGAGCACUACAUUUUCUACUGCGAAGGCCGGCACAAUGGGACGUCGUCAUUCGGGAUGGGAAAGCUCAUGGGGAGAGACUCUGGUGAAAAUCCAGAGGCCAUGGAAGAAUUUAAGAAUUUCAUAAAGCGCAUGAAUCUCCGACUGGAAAACAUGUUUGUGCCAGAGAUCGGAGAUAAAUGUGUUGAAAGUGACUAGGCAGCUACCCAGGUCUGCAACAGCUGAGCCAGCCUUGCUUCCAACACCAAGCUGGGACAUCCCUUCACCACACCUCUCCUGGACCAAACUUCCCACUGCUUCACCACCACCACCUCAGUACCUGCUCCCCUCUCCCCUGACUCCAAAUAAAUCUCUUUAGCAGUG